AUGGUCCCUAUCAUUGAAAAAAAUUUAGCUGAAGAGUACAAGCAGAAAACCAUUAUUGAGUACAUGAAAUUUUUUGAAAAGCUCAAAGACGACGGAUUGUAUUCAUUACCUGAUUAUAUGGAAGUAACAGCGUCAAUUAAAAUCCUCGAAAAUAAUUUUGAUUCUAAAAUUAUGGAAUACGGUUUUCAUGGAAAAUUUUUCAAUCGUCAAUAUGAUGUGAAAAACGUCAAGAACCAAUUAGCUGAUAUAAAUUUUAAAUUAACUGAUUUUGUGACACAGUAUCGUGAAGCGCACUCUUCAAUUCUGACAAAGAAAACAGAUUAUUUGAUGGCACUCACCGAAAUCUACAUAAAUCUUCAAUUUAUCUUCAUCACACUCUUCGUUUUGUUUUUAAUUGCAGUAAUCACAAUCAUGAACAACAAAUUUAACGUGAGUGAAGGAAUCAUGGACAUUGUGAGCAUGUCACUGAGCAUGGGAAUAAUAUCUCCAAUUUUGCCCCUAGGGGCCCAUUUUGCCGCCCCCCCUCCCCUAUUUAAAAGUGUAAGAAGAGAAUCUAAUACAGUAGGGUAA